AAGGAUGACUCCGUCCUUAUACGCAAUUUUCUUGUUUGGCCUUUCAACCCUGACCGCCGCCACCAACUUCACUCAAGUCUUCGAGUGGCAGGAUGAAUGGGAUUUCAACUGGCCCUCCGAGGCAAAAAGGACACAGGCCUUGGAAGACGGAACUUUCAAACCAGAGAAAAUUGAAGCUCGUUACAUGGCUGUUUACGGAACAAGGAUCUUCCUCAGUCUUAAUAAAUACAGUAACUAUCUUCCGGUGAGUCUGGUGUCUUUGCCGACGAUCAGCGCGUCCUCAGCGUCCCCGAAGCUCACUACAUUCCCUUCGUGGGACAUGAAUGAGUAUGGAAACUGCAACAAAAUUGAAGAAGCGAGUGGGCUGCAAGUAGAUUCUAUUGGAAGGCUGUGGGUGCUGGACAGCGGUAGUGACAAUUGCAAAGCCAAAUUGUGGACCAUCGACCUGAUCAACAACGAUCACACCGAAUUCAUUCACCGGUUUUCUUUUCACUAUUACAUGCACGACUUGGUGCUCGACGAGACGCCCAACGGAACAUUUGCAUACAUCGCGCGGUGGUAUCGAAAACACAUUGUCGUGUUUAGUUUGGAAAGGAACCAAUCUUGGAUUGUCGACACGCUCGGAAUAAGGGCGAAUUUCGUUUCACUGUCCCCUAAGGAGGAACCGAGACAGCUCUACCUUGGACACUACCAAUCAAAUGAAACGUAUUUCAUUUCCGUUGCCACACUUCGCAACGAAACUCGAUAUGCAAAUCCGAGACUAAUCGGAAAAUGGACUGCAAUACCAUACAGAAUGCUGAUGGACAAUCACGGGACCGCAUAUGCCGCCUUUUUGGAGAAGAAUUAUAUACACUCUUGGAACACUUCCCAGCCAUUUCGGGAGCAAAGUUUUCAUGAGGUUGCUGGACUGAAUAGUUAUUGGCCGUUCACUUUUGCCUUGGACCAAAAUGGAACUCUUUGGAUGACGGUGUUUGACGAGGAAAGAAAGCCAAAAUACAGGCUUCUGAAGGCUGCAGCAGCCUUCAUGGCCUCACCAGAAUUAGAUGCUGCAAGUGGUGGAGAGACCCAAAAAAGAAUACUCAUCGACUCGAGCGUUUUCUUCGCUGUCCUCUUAGCCAUGGCAAUUCCGUAG